AUGCGCUAUCACAGUGAUCACUUUAGAAAGGAAAUUGGGUGUGAUAUAUCAUUUGAAUACCACCCAAUGAGUGUAUCUGAUUGGGUAAGAGUUUCACUCAUUCAGGUAAAUACAGUUAGUGAAUGGGGUAUAUGGUAUCUGAACGCUGCUAUAGGAAGCAAUAUCCAGCUGCAUUUCCAGGAGUUUGAUCUAGAGAAUAUAUAUGAUGUUGUGGAAGUAAGAGAUGGUAAAGGAUCAGAUUCAUUGUUGCUGGCUGUUUAUACGGGCAGUAAUCAAGUGCCAGAUGUCUUUUCCAAAACCAAUCAGAUAACCGUGUAUUUUACUUCUGACUCGACUAUGGCAGCGAGUGGAUUUCUUGCUAACUUUACAGCUGGUCAUCGCCUUGGCAUGCCUGAGCCAUGUCAUGCAACACUGUUCCCGUGUGGCAGUGGAGAGUGUAUCUUGUUGAGCAGUGUUUGUGAUAAGCAUCAGGACUGUGCAGAUGGAUCUGAUGAAGCAAAAUGUGGUAAGAUUUUCCUUUCUAUACAUCUAGUUGUUCUUGGCGCUAAAGAACUGGAUUGUAUCCCAAAAAGACUGUCUGGGCCUGUGCACGCCAAAUACAGUGUGGCCAUAAAAACCUUCAGCAAUGUGCCACUAUGGACUGGGCCCCAAAGGUCCCAACAUGUUGUGUUUGCACCCACACAUCAUGGCAGUGCCACUGUUAAGAGUGCCUACAGUGACUUUAAGCUUACAGAACCACUUGCCAAGCAUUUCUCCUAUAACAAGGCCCGAUUCCAGAACAACAAUCUUGUAUUGGUACUCGAUAGCCGCCAGGACUUCAACUAUCAGUUGUUACAACUUUCCAACAGUAGUUCUAAUGGCUUGGUUCAGUUCAACAUUCAGACUGAAUGGUACAUGGCAUGUGCAGAUCUCUGGACUGAGGCAAUUUCUAAUGAUAUUUGUCUUCAAGUAGGACUAGGGGAUGUGAAAACAACAUUACAUGUACCAUCAGAUGCAAAUGGGACAUUUGCUAUAUUAAUGAAAGGCAGCAAUGGCAGCUUAAGUGUUCAACUCAGUAAUCAGUGUGCCAGUCAGAGUGUCAUUUAUAUUGAAUGUAAUCCUAGAGAAUGCGGGAAACGGCUUUUGGGCACAUCAAAGAUAGUUGGAGGAACCAAUGCUGCAGUAGGUGCUUGGCCUUGGAUCGUCGCGCUUUAUUAUAAUGAGAGACAAGUAUGUGGAGCGUCGCUGGUGAAUAAUGAGUGGCUCGUGUCAGCAGCACAUUGUGUUUAUGGAAGAAACCUUAUACCAUCCUUUUGGAGAGCUGUACUUGGAAUGCAUGAUAGCAUAAACUUGACAUUUCCGCCAGCAAAAACGAUACUGAUUGAUCAGAUUGUCAUAAAUCCGCGCUACAACAGGCGCACCAAAGAUAGCGACAUUGUAAUGAUGCAUCUAGAAUUUAAAGUAAAUUAUACAGAUUACAUACAACCAGUGUGUUUGCCUGACAGCCCACAAGCGUUUCCAACAGGAAUGAAUUGUUCCAUUGCUGGAUGGGGUCGCAUGGAAAGUCAAGGUACCAUUCCAACUAUAUUGCAAGAAGCAAACGUUCCGCUGAUAACCAAUGAGAAAUGUCAGCAGCAAAUGCCAGAGUAUAACAUAACCAACAGCAUGGUGUGCGCAGGAUAUGAAGAAGGAGGAACCGACACAUGCCAGGGUGACUCCGGUGGCCCCCUCAUGUGUCAAGCAGAAAAUCGGUGGUUCUUGGUGGGUGUGACGUCAUUCGGCUAUGGAUGUGCACAGCCAAAUCGGCCCGGCGUUUAUGCUCGAGUGACAACAUUUUCAGACUGGAUUCAGAGCUUCUUGAUUUAGAAAAGUUAUUCUACUGUAUCUAGACCUGCACCUUUCUUGUAAAAUAGUCUUUGCUAAAACAAAUUUGAUAUUCAGAAUUCAAAGGUAUAAAAUUGUUUGUAAAACUCAAAUUUUUUAAUUAUGGGGGAGAAGAGGUGGUAAGUGCUAAAUGUGCUAUAACCAGCGCUAUUUGACACUUACAUUGAGCCUCCGUACCGUAUGUAUGAAGCAAUUACCAUAUAGAAAAAUCACUUUUCUCGACGUUACCUGCAAACGUUUGACAUUCAGAUGUUAUUAAAAAAACAAUCAGAGCUGCUUAUUUUUUUUUCAAAUAUCGGCAGGGUUACCUGCCGGUAUAUGUGAUAACCUGUGGUGACCGGGCAGCUU